CGCCUUAAUAGCCACCGUAUAUUGAUAAGAUAACGUAUCGUUUGAUGAUAAAAGGUUUUGUUUUAGAUAAACAAUAAUAAUCUGUUAGAAAAUGCACUUUUUUGCACCAUAGGUAUUUUAAUUAGUGGGUGUGGAUGAGCGAGUACAGGAUUAUUUGCAAGAAGAGGGUAUAAAAUGUUAUUAAAAUUGAAGCAGUUUUCGGCAGUGAGUAGUGUUAUGUGGUGGUUAAAGUAUUCUUUAAAAAUAGAUCACAACCUUUGUAGUUGUUUAACAAGGAAAUGUGUUUACGGUAAAUAUUUGAUGAUUGAUAGAAAUGUAGGUAGAAAUGCUGCAAAGGAAGGAGUGAAAUUCGAGGAUGCCCUUGACACUCAAUUCUGAAAAUACUUAAUGCUCAUCCUGCCCUAAGUUAUGGAUAAUAUUUGGAUUGUGCUGGUUGGGGGAUGGAGAAAAUAAUGUGCUAUGAGAAUCAAGGCAGGUGGCGGACGGAGACGAGAUUUGAUUGUUGAUCAGACACGAGUGAAAGGUGGUGUCCAUCAGCGUUCAUUCAUACCGUCGGACAAAGAAGAAGAAGAAGACAGCCAUCACUGCUGCUUUACUUUUACCAGAUGCCAGUUGUUAAGUAGCCCUUGUCUCGUUGAGGAGAGAAAACUAAGCAACAACUCACCAGCGUCAUCACCUCAUAAUCACUUCAACAUCCAGCCAUUCGUCCUCCUCAUCCUGAGAAAGGAGUAGUGGAAAGGGGAUUAUUAACUCAAAGAAGGGGCCAAUAAGGUUAAAGAAGGAGAGAAUCAACGACAGUGUGGUGACAAGAAGCAGCAGUUUGACAUUCAGCAACACCUACAGAAUCCAUCCGUUGGUUGGUUGAAUAGGAGAAGAAGAACUACUUAGAAAAUCAACUUCUCAACUCUGUCAGCUUCACCGUCUAUUCAUCCAGCAAGUGGGAAAAAGAGAAGAAAUCGAGUAAACAGCGAGGAUCGCAUCAUUUGUCAACAUUUCUCCACUUUCACCAUCCAUCCCAAAUAUUCAGCAAUAAGCUGCUCAAGGUGGUGAAGCCAGGCUCUCAUCCUCAAUCUCAAUUUCAUUCCAUAUCCCAUCCCAUCCCCCUCGCCGUUUUCUCCCCACGAGAGAGCUGAGGGUCUUAACGGAGGAGGAACUUUCACUCGUUGGCUUUGUCCUCGCUUCUCCAAGUGGUGGUGAAAUAGUGUGCGGUUGUCGGUACGUUUUAACCAGCAACACAGAUUCCAUUCCAUCCUUCUCAAGUGAUUCUACAUUAUCCUCCAUCCUCACCUUAUUUCAUUCAUAUUUUACCCAAUGAAAGCCUGCAGCCUGCUAAAAGAAAGCUUCUUCUCCACUUUUCUCCUCUCUGGCUGGUGGCGAACGUGUACGUAGGCCGAUUCAAGUUCAGGGGCAGCAGAUUCUUCUUGGCGCUACGCAACGAAAGAAAUAGAGAUCGAUAAUUUCCAUCUCUUAUCGCGCCAUCACCAUCAUUGACAUCUUAUCAUCACUCAACGCACCAUUUCUGUAAAUCCUUUGAAGUGGAAUUACAUUCAGGGAGGGGAGAGAGAGGUGUUGUUGUAACAUUUUGUAAAGUAAUGAUUGGAUAACACAGCGUGAUCUAACUUACCAACACAACCACCACGUGGAAACAUGACCAUCAAAUAGAUAUUAAAGACGUAUAUGAACGCUGUAGUAAAAAAGUGACAAAUAUAGCAGUGUCGAUCUCUGACCUAUAGUUACAUACACGAGCAAAGUAGUGAAAAGUGGGACAGUGAGAAUUGUGUGGCGAGAUGAGGUGACAUGUUGAGCCAACAAAAUCAAAGUAUGACCAAGACGAACGGUCCGCUAUCUCCUGUUAUUAUUCCUCUAAUUCCUUCUACGAUGGAAAAUGCCAACAAUAUUGGUGUUCCUGCUCCUGGAAGUAGUUCGACCACGCCGUCUCCGCCGAAUCCAGCAGAGAUGAAAAUAAUGGGAGCCUCUGUCUCGACUACAAACAAUAGCUCAAAUUCUAGUGGUUGUGGCGGCGGUGGUGGGGGGAUGAUAACCACGACCGUGGGGGGAAACACUUUGGCCGGAGGAAGAAGUGAGCCCGGAAGUGGAAAUGCGGAACAUUUGCCCAAGCUAUUGAAUAUUUUGCCUGCCGUGACGGCCUGCACUUAUACUCCUUGUUAUUGUGAAGAGAACGUGUGGAAAUUGUGUGAUAAAGUGCGGACGGACUUUGCGAAUGAGUUGGAGUACUGCCACGUUGCUUUCAUAUCUAAUAAGAAACGUAUGGUUCCGAUGUGGAGGCAAAAGGCUGGGAAGAAUGAGGAGAAAUUGGCCCUUUGGGAUUACCACGUGAUCUUCUUUUACAACCCGGACGAGAGAUGUUUAGUCUUCGACAUGGACUCUGACCUUCCCUUCCCCACCCAUUUCCAUCGCUAUGUCUCGGAGACGUUUCGCACAGAAAAUAUCCUGCAACCAGAGUACCACAGAUUUUUCCGGAUCAUUCCUGCUUCCAGAUUCCUCUCAUUAUUCUCAUCCGACCGGAGUCACAUGUUGAGACCGGACGAUAGAUCUUGGAUCAAACCCCCUCCUAAUUAUCCACCCAUCUGUGCAAGUGGAGUGAAUAACCUGGAGCAGUUUAUAGACAUGACAGACCAGAAAAAUGAAUUCGGAGAGGUAUUUACCCUUAUGGAACUAGUCCGGAAGUUCUACAAACCUCGGCAACUGUCAUGAUAGGAUCCAACGCCAGAGCAGAAAGAGUAGAAAAAAACCUCGCACUCAUUCUUGACAGAAUUUUCCAUCAAAACUAGAUAACGCCAAAAGAAAAUCAUGGAAAGAAAGAAGGAAAGAAUAAUUCGAUACGGCGGCGGAGAAAGGAGAAACAAGAACCUGCAUACUCGUCAUAUGAAAUAUGUACAUGUACCACAAUAUUAUUACUAUUACGACAAUGUAGAUGUGUAAGUAUGUAGUAGAUAGUUUGAUAUUAUUGAGAUUCUGAAUUUAAAUUUUGUAAGGAGAAAACGCAGUGCAAGGAAGCGUUACUUUUUCUUCUACGCUACGUUACUAUUGCACUUUUUGUUAUGAUUCUCACGUUCACUUAUUUUGUUUCUGCUUUCACUCCGACAGAUACAGUGGAGGAAUUCAAAAUCAUUUUGAAAUCAAAUCCGAACCAAAAUUCAGAUUUUUCAGCCAAAUCAAACUGACAUGAGGAAAAUGAAAUUUUUCUUAUUCUAAGUACAUACUUUCACUCACUGCCUAUUUUUAUCAAGAUUGUAUAUGUAAUUUGAAUGGAUUGAUGGAAUUACUAAAAAAUAUAGUAAGGUUUAUAAAGCGACGUAGGAUAUAAAAAAAGAGAAAGUUCUUCGUGUCCCAAAUCUGAACUUUCUAAAUAUUGAAGAAUUAUUGUGUUAUGUGAUGAUAAACUGUUGAGCAGAAUGGAUUUAGAAUAAUUAUACCAUAGAAAAACUUCUCGGUAGCUUGACACAUUUCUAAAGUCAGGAUUUGUUCAUAAAAAUAUUUCAAAAAGCCAAAUUCUCACCGUUUACUGAAACAAUAACAACUUGUAUAACAAUAACGAUUCAUUCAUGAUUAUACUCUAUCUCUCACUCGUAUUGCUGUUAUUAUUAUUAUUAUUACGCAUAUUAUGUAUGUACAACAACAAAUUACAUGUAACUCUAAGACUUUUUAAGUGACUUGAACUCUGAAACAAUUCGAACUUGGGAUUAUAACAAAUAAGAAAAUGAAACAAAAAUACUUUGUUAACAAAUGUCAUGAAAUAUUAUUGUCGUAAUCUUCACUAGUUUUACAUACAUAAAGUUUGUUACAGUCCGAAUUCGUAACAUGCAGUCAGUCAUUGUUUAAUUUAUUUUGUGAUUUUAUAUGUAUUUGAUAUAUUUUUUGCUCAGUUGGUUUGGUACAAGACAUUUGUGUGUUGAGAUUCAUAAUUUUGUUGAGGUUAUGAUUUUCUGUUUGGUGAAUAUUAAGUGCGUACUAUAUUUUCUAUCUAACUCGUGCACGUUUUCGAACUUACUUCAUAACUGCUGUGCCAUGGGGCUGUUGUAAGUAUCCAGUGAAUGGGAACUGUUAUUUGUCAAAAUUCAUUCAUGUGCUUUUAAAAAUGUCCUCAUAUUAAAAAUCGGAUCAAAUUAGAUUAGCUACUUUUACAACAAUUAAUUGGUAUAAUGUACUUGCAACGUUUCUUACUCUCUCAUGCUUGCUACUGUAUAAUCUUAAAAAAACUGAAUGUGUUUUGUUACUCAAUUAAUGUUGUCGGCCUCUCGUCCUCUUUGCCUACUAAAUCGUGUAAUUUUCCUCUUACUACAAUCUGAAAAUGUACUUGAAACCUAAGCUACAAAAGUUUCUAUUGCUUUCUUGCUGUCUUGUCUCGAUCGUGCGUAUCUAACAAUAAUUUUGUAGUUAAUUAUUAACACUUGUGGUAUUUAAGACUAAUUAAAUAAGUAAUAUUACAAACUAUUUGAUAAACAUUUAACAUUUACAUACAUAUUCUAGAUUAAAAAGUGAGCAAGAGUUCGAUCGGCCUCUCUUACUUUACAUCAAACACGAUGAUGAAUUCAUUAACUAAAAUUGAAUGAAAAGUGUUUGUCCGUAAGAAAAGGUGUAGAACGAUGUGAGAAUGUGUAACCGUUGUCUGUCGUAAGCAAAAAAAAAUACAUAAAAUAUCUAGCAAAAAUUUAUAACAAUACGAUCUAGAUUCGUAAUUAUCUAUGAGAUUUGUGCGAUGUAAUCAUGAUGGUGCUGUUAACCAAUUUUUUCACUUGUUUACAAUUAGUUUUGUGAUAGUCGUAAAAUAUCGUGUGUACUUAUCUGAUAAGAAUCAAGGAGUGGAUCAUUCUAGAAAAAGUGCAGAUAUUCAAGAAAUCAACGAAUGCAUUAAAAAAAGGUAACCACGCCGUAAGAGCUACACUUGUACUUGCCUUUAUUUUCGAAAUAUUUUCUCGAUAUUUGUCCCAUAAUUAUUAACAAACAAUUUACAAAAAAUAUCUCCUCAUCACAUAAAAAAUAUGUAAAUCUCAGCGCUCCACCAAGUGGCUCAAUUAUGUAUUGUGGAUGAACAAACAAAGAAGAUCGCAACGUGCAUUUUGCCUUUUUCUUACAAUAUGAACUUAAUGAUUAAUAAUCGUAAUAUUUAGUCAGCGAUGGUUUCAGAUUGAUGGCGUGAUGAUGAAUAUCGAGAGAUAAGUUUCGAAUUAUGUGUAGAGAAGAAGAGAUUUAAAUAUUUUGUACUGUCAAAAUAAGUAAUUAUUACAUUUACAUACAUCAAUCAGCGCUAUUUUCAUCUGAAAAUGGAAAAGACAUGAAAAAUUUUAUAUUGCAAUCUCAUCAUCAUAAUUUAAGUUGUUUCAUUUUUAUUUCUAUUGGACCAAUAAUUUAUUAAUCUUGAAAACAAAUCCAAGUAUUUUGGUAUGUUACUCUUGGUGUGAGUAUGUGUUUUAUGCCAAUUUAUAACUUAAAAAAUAUGUCUGUAACUGUAAGAAUUUUAGGUUACAACGUCAUUGUGAUUUAAAUUAUUUACUUGUCAUUAUUACAAUUACAUAACUUUAUCAUGAUACCAUUUACAUAUAGUUUACUGAAAUGAUAUAAAAUAUCUACUUGGUUUUAUUACACAAACAAACAGAUUUGCAUAAUAAAUGUAUAAAACUUUAGACUAAACGUUACCACGUUGUUAAUUAAUAUAAAACAUAAAGUAAUGUUUCACCGUUAAAUAUAAGGAAGAAAUGGUCGAUGUUGAACAUUGUCGGAUGUUAAUGUGUAUGUGGUCGUUCGUGAUCGUAUAUUAUACUUUCUGUAGAAGGAUGAAAAUGGUGAAUGCAUAAUAAAAAGGAUACUAAUGAGAGUA